AUGAGAAAGACGCUGAUCAAGUGGAGUGCUCCUCUACUUCUAGUACUGGUGGUGCUCUCUAGCCAAUUGGCGCAAGUGUCGGCACAACAAUCCACCUUGGGAGAAGCGCAGCUCAAUGGUGGUGACCUUGCGGCGGAUGUGGACGUGUGGACUAGUGUGUUGAACGCGUCGUCUCUAGGCACGUUGUCGAGAUCCUCCCAGCGUUUCACACUGUUUUACACUUUGGAUGGUCCUACAGGAGAUGGCGCCUUUCGCGACGUUCCGGCACUCCAACAAUUGAUUUGGUUUAUGCGAAAUUUGACCAUGGAAUUUGCACCCACUUUCGCAACGCUGGAAGAAGUGGAGAAUGUGACGACCAACUGUCUGUACCGAACCCAAAAGAAUUUUGACGAACCUACCGAUCUUCCUCCUGCCAUGCCAGGUGCCAUCUACGAAGGAGAACUCCUGGGUCGACGGAGGAAUCCCUACUUGACACGGCAAAGUGCCGGUAUAGUGGACAGUUUGAUUGAUUUGGCGCCAGGCUCUCUCUUUGGCAAUACGACCUAUGGAGUCGUCUAUGACAUGAACUAUAGUUCCUUCUGGGUAGAUGUCGAAAACUACACCUAUUUCUAUGAAGACACAAUCUACCAAAAGUUUGACCAACUCACGCUGGGACUAAGACUGUGGCUCGAGGUACCAGACGACAGCGUCCUCGUAGUAAAAGGUGUCUACCGAACUGUCACGGAAGCCCAGCCGGCAAAUGUCUCGGCAGCAACUCUGAACACUAUAGAUCAGGUCGAAGACGUUGUGGACGAAGCAGAUCUCAUUAAAGACACGCUCACAAACACUACUGGUAGCGAUUCCUCGAAUGCGGCACUCAACGAGACGGACUCUUACAUUACCGAUGCCAUUGACGAGAUUCAGGAUGCUCUCAUCGACUUGUCGAGAAACUACACCACCACAAUGUCAAUCGCUCCAUCAACAUCACCAUCCGCCAUCAGUAUCCAACCAUCUGCCAUGCCCACUUCGACCACGGUUCCUUCAGACGCACCUUCGACGUCGUUACAACCCACCAUUUCGAUGGCUCCUUCCAUGAGACCCUCGGAGAGCCCCACAAGGACUCCCAGCGAUGCACCUUCCGUAUCGCCCUCCAUGUUUCCUACCUUUGAAACAAAUUCCACGGAACGACAAAAGUAUAUUUUUACCUUUACCAUGGAAAAUGUCUCCAAUCCAAGUCACUUGUUUCGCGAUACCGCACUCAUGUGCGAAUUCUUCAUCGGGUUGACACCGGAAAUUGUGGAAGAAGGACAAAACGCGGACUACGUCAUGACGACGUGCCCACAAGUGGCGUCUUUGGGAUUUAGUUUCCCCACACAAACGCGAGUUCCCUUUACCACUCCUCCCGGUUCGCCACCCGUACUGGCGCCCACGUUGGAGCCAACCGGCAGGGUUGUUUACGAUGAUGACACUACAGAAAGCAAGUACAAUGAAACGUUGGAGGCAAAUCAGGAAGAUCAGGCGGCAUACCUGGAAGAAAACAAUAUUACAAGGACAAGACUCCGAGGGAGGCGCGAGCUGCAAUUCGAAGCGAACGGUACUGCCAUUGAAAAUGCCAUUGACGAGGCCAAUGAGGAUGGCGAGUAUCCUGCCGUCAAAUACACAUUCUCCAUUGUCAUGAGGUGGGAAUCGGCUGUAUACGAAGUUACCUCGUAUUCCAACCUCCUCCAUUUUUAUGUCAACAGUAAUCCGGUGGAAGUCGGAGAAGAUUUGUAUGUAUUCUUUAAUCUUACCGAAGAUGAUGGAACAAACUUGACCGUCAACAAACUCCAAGUGGUGUUUGAUUCCACAACGCCUCCGUCUUCGGAACCUUCCGCAUCUCCAUCGGAGAAGCCAUCCUACAACUACCUGUCGGAUGAGCCAACGUUUUCACCAACACCGGCCCCUGUCAGUACUGUUCCUCCUGGGAACGGAACCGACCCUUUGCCACCGGAAGGAUCUCCUACGUCGACACCCGGCAACACGAAGAGUCCUUCAACAGAGGCGACUCUUGUCCCCAGCACUCCAAGAAGCGACACGACGAUCAUUGCCAUUGUGGUGGUCAUUGUCGUGAUUUUUUCAUCCGGGCUAAUGGUCUUUCUCUUUUACUUUUACCAAACACGGCGACAACGAAUGCGAGAAUUGAUAAAGCAACGUCGUCCCAGUCAAGGAGCCGCCGCGGCGGGUGCCACUGCGAUGGAUUACCAGAACCCCGGUGGUAGUAGUUAUCAAAUGCCAGCUCAUUCACCCUCGACGACGGCCAACUCGGUGUCCCCGACCGUUGGUACCGAUGCCGCACUUGUGGGACAAUCCUCGGGGCCGCCAAGUAACAUUUUAAGCGAGGGAGGGUCAAGUCGCCGUUCGGGUCCCGACGACGAUCUGCUUCAUUCAGACUUGACCAAUGGUUCUUCUAUGGGAGCCAAGGACGGGGAUUCGCAAAAGCUGGAAUCCGCACUCGACAAGGACAACAGCAAGAAGCACAUGAUGGGUUCGUUACUGUCCGAUAUUGAAGAGGAUCCCUACUAUAGCACGGACGACAAUGAUGAUGAACCCACAACCGAUGACAAUACGACACAAUCGCCACUGGAUGAAUUCGAAAGAUAUAAGGAUCGAAAUCUGGAAAAGAUGAGAUCGAACGUGGAAGACAACGUUACAGGGCUCGACGACAUGAUGAGCCAAGCCAUGACCAUGGCGUUGAUUAUGGACGAAGGAGCUUCGGGGUCGGCACCGUAUUGGCAUGGAGCCAAAACGGGAGUCGAAAUCGAGGCAAACGCGCUUUGGGAAGUCACAGAAUGGAUGAAACGAAAAGGUGAAUCCGCUGAAGACGAUGAAAAAAAUAUCUAUAUGCAAGGCUUGUUGAACAAGAUGGUGACAAGUGUCCGAAAGGGCAUUGUAGACCCGGAAGAUGCAUCGCGGACAAUCCAUGAGUGUGCCUUUCUAUUGGGUCUCAAGCUUGCCAAUCAACUUCCCGUGACCACAAUUGUCCUCUCUGGUAUGCACAAGGCGACCACUACGGCUGAUAUCAUUCGAGUGCUGAAAAAGUUUGGUAAUAUCGAGAGUGCCGCGGUGGCAUCGAAUCAACGAGGGUUCGGUAUCGUUCGGUUCAAGAACCAAAAGUCGAGCAUGGCUGCCAUGGAACAACACGACACGGACGAAGUUGUGGUGAAGAAUGUGGGAGUUACCAUGAAGCUACUUUCCCCGCUCAAUAGUUAG